AUGCCUUGCUUUGUGCCUUUCAAGAACAACUUAGACUUCACUUUCUUCGUGCUGCGGUCGGUUGGUGUUCUCGACGACGAAAUCAUCGAUUCGAUGAAAUGUUUCUCCUUCCAGGCUGAGGAUCUCGGCUGUGUUUAUAGCUCGGUGAUGAAGAGCAUUCAUGGAAACUUGAUUGUGUGGUAUGGUGCAUGGAUCAAGAGAUCAGAAGAAGACAGACAUAUACUGAAUGAAGCUCUGUUAUCAGCCAUGGAAGACUUAUCACACCUUGCAGUCCUCAUUCAGCACGGUUUUUACAGCGUAUAUGCCGGAGAAUCCAAAGACGGCCAGCCGAACGCCCGGUUCUCGACCGGCGACACAAUUCUGCUAUGUGGAAUGGUCCCCGCAUCUGACGAUAGCUCUGAUCUGUCUUCUGCGUGUAUGACAAUUCUCCGUUCGAGCUUCAACAAUGUCAAGGAGUCUACUGCCGGCGUGUGUUUCCAGUGCCACAAUAAGCCGUUGGUGGCAAUGCUCCAUGUCUGGAAGUCGUUGCAGGCUUGCUACUCGUGGCUUAUUAAGGCCGACUAUCGCCGAACCAUCCGGCCGUACAUCAGCAGCUUCAGUAAUGAAGCUCAGUUUGAUGUUUUCAAAGUCAUCUUCGUCAGCUCUGAUGAUGUUCUGAACUGUGAGAUAUCCCAAUCAAAACUUGUAAUUGGAAGUAGGACUGGGAAAGGAAAAGUGCAGUUAGAUUGAUGAUCCUGAAUAAAGAAGACUCGGAAAAUUUACAUGGAUACUCCUCAAUUCCUACGUAUUCUACUUAUCUAACACCUAAACUUCAAUUUUUUCAUAUAUGCCACCUUAC